AUUAUUAUUAUUAAUGUAAGUUUGAUAUACACUUGGCAUGAUAUACUGUUUUUAGAAGUGAAUAAGCAGGGUUUAGUUCUCAAUUUCUCACUUGAGUUUUAUUAGACUAUCAACUAUUUUUAAAAUGAGGCACCCUUUCAAUUGUCAUAGCAUUCUUUAAACUUCACAGAACAUCACUAACUGUUAUUGGGAAUCUUACUUCCACAUUAAAACUGUUAAAGUGCUAGCUACUGCUACUGUUACUGUUAUUGUUAUUGGGAUGAUUACUUCCAUAUUAAAAUGUUCAAGUGUAUCUGAAUAAUUCAACUAAUUCCAUCCCGACAGUUGAAUUUUUUGUACUGUUGAAAUUACUGCUAUAUUGGGAUGUCAUCAUCAAUAUCUUCAUCUUCCUUUGGUAAACGUGCUUUGGGCAUACCAUUCUGUUUUUGUGAGGAGCCAGCCACACUAAGACUGGCUCGUACUGCAAAGAAUCCAGGACGACCCUUCUUAGGGUGUCCAAAGUACAACACUAAGGGAUUACCAUACUGUAGGUUUUUCAAGUGGGCAGAUAUUAAUGAAGAGAAUGAGCUCCAUCUUCAAGAAAGCACCAAUGAAUUUGUAAUAAAGGAGAAAGAGCUAGAGAAGAAAAUCGAGGAUGUCCACAAGAGGGAGAUUGAGGUUAUGAAGAAGGAGUUGGUGCUUCGGGAACAAGAAGCUGAAAUAAGGCGUUCACGCAAACUACUUCGGGCUUAUUGGGCUUUUGCAUUUGUAGUUGCAUUUUUGUGGUUUGUUGGUAGUGUCUAAGUAAUUCCUAGAUAGUGUUAGUAGUUCCAGAAAUUGUAUUGGGGUUUUGGUAUUUACUUUUGGACUAUGUAGUUGAUGUAUGGAUAUUAUGUAAAACUGCUAUUAUGUACAGUUUGGGAUUGUAAAACUGCUAUUAUGUACA